AUGGCAGAAGAACUUGAAGUGUUGUGGAAGAAGCUAUCGUUUACGGAGGAAGAGACUGAUGAUGUCGAGCUUGGGAGUGGCAGUAUGAAGGCGGCAAUAGAAAGAGGGAGAUUUUGUGCUGUCCUAAAGGUGCUCACAAGCAGAAGCGUUAGCCUAGACGCGCUGAGGAAGAACCUGAGAAUGAUGUGGAAACUAAAAAAGGAAAUGAAAAUGUCAGAAAUUGAGGAGGAUCUGUUCUUGGUGGAAUUUGGAGAUGAGAAAGACAAAAAGAAAGUUAUUGACAUGAGUCCGUGGAGCUAUGAGAAACAACUUGUAAUAAUACAAGAGUUUGAAGCUGAACUGAUCCCAAAGGAGAUAGAGUUGAAAUGGUCACCCUUUUGGGUCCAAAUUUUCAACUUGCCUUUGAAGUGUAUGACAAGGGAGACGGGGAUGGCAAUAGGUUCAAAACUUGGAGAGGUCUUGGAUGUGGAUGUCCCCGAUUCAGGAGUCCAUUGGGGGAAGUGCUUGAGGGUGAGAAUUCGAAUAGACGUGACAAAACGUCUACUGAGGGGUAAACGGGUUUCCAUUGAAGGUGGGGAGAGCCGGUGGGUCAACUUCAGAUACGAACGGCUUCCAAACUUUUGUUACAGCUGUGGUUUGCUCAAUCAUAGUCUAAAGGAGUGCAAUGAUAGUUCAGCAAGUGUUAUACAGAAUAAGGGGGAGCUCCAAUAUGGGGCUUGGAUGAGAGGAGAGCCUAUGAGGAGAGGCAAUAAGGAUUUUCUCAAUACGGGCAUGGAAGGGGGUGCAGCAGGGAGGGGUGUUACCGGAGUUAGAUCGGAAAAGGAGAGACCACAACCUGCUGAAGCAGGUGCGGUUGGUGAGGCCAGUAACACUCACGUGCCUAGGAUUGAAGCUAGGGGUGAUGAUAGCCUUACAUGGGAUGAACCAAAAGUGGUUUCCUCAAUGCCUCUGACAGAAAAUCUUCACGAAGAAGGCAAAGUCAAUCUGAAGGAAGGUAAAGCAAAAGAUGUGAUAGCACAAAAUAGAGUAGAGGCUACUGAUGGGAAAGCAGCACAACCCGAGGCCUCUGUUGAAAUGCAGUGGGACAGGAGUACACGGCAAGUGGAAGAUCCCACUUUCAAAUUUGAAAAUGAGUCGGUGCAAAGUUUGAAGGAGCACGCGACAAGCACGGACUCAGCUGAUGUGUCACAGAGCCCAGUUGCGAUGGUGUACGAUGGCAAAGUGGGCUGGACUGCGGAAGUUCUUGGCCCACAUAGCAAACACUGGAAACGGUUGGCUAGGGAGUCAAAGGGCAAAAGAGAAAGUGUUGAGUCUGGCCCAGAAGGGAAAAAAAGAAAUGGACCAACUCCUUUACAAGAGCUGGAUCCAAAUGCAAUUGAUCAGAAAAAAAGAAAAGGAACGAACCAAAGGAAGCUCAAAACAGAGAAUGAAGUAGAGAUGGCUGGCGGAGAGGCGGAGGCUGCGCUGCAGCCCCGCCGAGCCCAAUGA